CAUGAGAUAUAAUCGAAUUCGGAUCCGAGGGUUUAGGGUUAUCGGGAUCCAGCCCCAAAAUUUCUUUCGGCGAUUCAUCUCCUUCAACCAUCCCCGCCAUCCGACCCGUCGUGAUGCUGAAGUUUCUGUCGAAGGUGCGGGUGGAGUUCAAUGCGCUAGACCCACGGAAGGCGGCGUGUGUGGAGAUCCUGGCGCUGUGCAACGGCCGCAAGGCCAAGGAGUCCAACCCCGCUUGCCAGGUCGAGCUGCAGCGCCGCACGGAUGACAGCCCACCACGGGUUGUCGUAACCUACGUCAACGGUGUCGAAGAAGUUAUCGACGCCGCCGCUACUCCUGCCCAAGUCAUCCGCAAGCAGAUACUCGACCGGGGGCAACUCCUAGAAACCGAACAAAUGUUCCGUGAAGCCGGAGUUGUGUGGCCCGUGCUCAUCCCCGAGGAGGAGAUCCACCAGUCAUUCCCGGGUACUAAGCCAAAGAAAGCUGAAGAUAAGAACCAGUGACAUUGGCACUCGAUCCAGGUUUUCUAGAGACUUUUUUUGGAAGAAAAAUAUUUUCAAGAAACUAAUUUUCACCUAUAUUAGUCUUUCGAGAUGCAGUUUGGAGUUGCCCUCCCAUAGCAAAGUAAGUUUGUGAUCCUUGAUUUCUGACUCGUGACAUUUUUUAGUAACCUUUGCUUGUUUACGAAUCUAGUCUAAAUCGGACUAUUCUAUACCAGGAGAUGACUGGAUUUUAGUUUGAUUGUUAAAAAACAUGUCAUUUCCUCUAUAGCAUUGGUGAAUAACUUAUGAUGCAUUCUUCCUCGUUUAAUCAUAUUGAACUCUAUUAAAGACA